AUGCCUGCCGUUGAUAUUGCUUCCGUCCCCGCCGUCUCCGGAAAGGAGACUGCUCAGUCCGUCGCUGUUCUUGAGGACCUCUUCAAGAACCUCAACGUUUCCUCCAGCCCCGAUGAGGUGAACGCUGCCACUAGCAACCUCGCACACCUUCUGUCUGGUCCUAUUCCCGAGCAGACCCUUCCCCUGAAGGCUGUCGAGACUCUGCAAAAGCAGAUUGCUAACAAGAAGGAUGGCAACGUUCGCGUCCGUGCCCUUGAUGCCAUUCGCGCCAUUGCCUCCCACUCUACCAUCGCCCCUGGAGUUGAGCCCCACCUCGUUACCCUCCUUGCCCCUGUCCUUGAAACCGCUGGAAAGAAGAAGGCCAAGGCUGUUCCCAACGAGGUUGAGACCGCCCACGGUGCCGCUAUCGCCAUCGUUAAGGGUAUCAACGGAAAUGCUGUGAAGGCUGUUCUUCCCACUAUCCUCGAGUCUCUUGAUAUGAGGAAGAACACCGGUGAGAAGUUGGCUGCGCUUGACUGUAUCACCGAGCUCGUCCGCUCAUCCCCGGCACAGCUUGCUUUCCGUGUUCCCGACCUGAUUCCCGUUCUUUCGGCCGCCAUGUGGCACGCCGAUGAGAGGGUUACUGAGCAGAUCAGGGGUAUCCAGGAGGGUAACAAGGACAAGAAGGAACCUCGUAUUGGUGAUCUCGAGACUGUCUGCGGCCUUAUUGUCAACAAGGAUAUUGAGAAGUUCAUUCCUGAACUUGUCCGCUGUAUCGCUUACCCCGAGAACGUCUCCGAGACUGUUCACUUGCUCGGUGCCACCACUUUCGUCUCCGAUGUUACCGGCCCUACCCUCGCUAUCAUGACUCCCCUGCUUGACCGUGGUCUCGAUGAGCGUGAGACUGCCAUCAAGCGUAAGUCCGCUGUUAUCGUCGACAACAUGUGUAAGCUUGUCGAGGACCCUCAGAUUGUUGCUCCCUUCCUGCCCAGGUUGAUGCCCAAGCUUCAAAACAACGUUCAGAACAUUGCCGACCCUGAGGCUGCUGGAAAGUCUAAGCAGGCUCUGGAGACUCUGACUCGUGUCGGUGACGUUAAGGAUGGAAAGAUCCCCGAAAUCUCCACUGCCGGUGACAUUUCCACCGUUAGCGCCAUCCUGAAGGAAAUCCUCGCCCCCAAGUUCAAGGCCCAGGCCGAGAAGUCCGAGGCCGUCAUCAACUACGUCGCUGCCAUCGCCGGCCAGCUUGUUGACGAGAAGGAUGCUGAGGUCACCAGCUGGACCCAGAACGCUCUUCCUUACAUCGGCGCCAUUGUCGGUGAAGAGGAGGCCAAGCCUAUUGCUGAGGACCUCCGCAAGCGCGCUUCCCCUGAUGCUGCUGCUGCGGACGAAGUUGCUUCUGAUGAGGAGGAGGGUGAGGAUCUUUGCAACUGCACUUUCUCUCUUGCCUAUGGUGCCAAGAUUCUCCUCAACCAGACUCACCUCCGCCUUAAGCGUGGCCAGCGCUAUGGUCUGCUCGGACCCAACGGUUCUGGAAAGACUACCCUCAUGCGUGCCAUCAACAACGAGCAGCUGGAAGGUUUCCCCAAGAAGGACGAGGUCAAGACCGUCUACGUCGAGCACGACUUGGACUCUGCCGACACCGAGCAGACCGUCAUUGGCUGGACCAUCAAGAAGCUUGUUGAGGUUGGCCUUAAGCCUGUCCAGGCCGAGGUCGAGGCUAAGCUCGAGGAGUUCGGUUUCCUCCGUGAGCAGUUUGAAGGUCCCAUCACUGCCCUGUCUGGUGGUUGGAAGAUGAAGCUGGCUCUUUGCCGUGCUGUCUUCGAGGACCCCGAUAUUCUCCUUCUUGAUGAGCCCACCAACCACUUGGACGUCAAGAACGUUGCCUGGUUGGAGAACUACCUCCGCACCUCUCCUUGCACUUCCAUCAUCGUCUCCCACGACAGCAAGUUCUUGGACAACGUUCUUCAGCACGUCAUCCACUACGAGCGCUUCAAGCUUAAGCGUUACCGUGGUACCCUCAGUGAAUUCGUCAAGAAGCUCCCCUCUGCACGCUCUUACUACGAGCUCGGCGCAUCCGACCUUGAGUUCAAGUUCCCCGAGCCCGGUUUCCUCGAGGGUGUCAAGACCAAGGCCAAGGCCAUCAUUCGUGUCUCAGACAUGACCUUCCAGUACCCUGGUACCCCCAGGCCCCAGGUCACCGACAUCAACUUCCAGGUCUCCCUUGGCUCUCGUAUUGCUGUCAUUGGUCCCAACGGUGCCGGUAAAUCCACUCUGAUCAACGUUCUGACUGGUGAACUGCUCCCUACCACUGGUGAAGUCUACCAGCACGAGAACAUCCGUAUUGCCUACAUCAAGCAGCACGCCUUCGCUCACAUUGACAACCACCUCGACAAGACUCCCUCCGAGUACAUCCAAUGGCGCUUCCAGACUGGUGAGGACCGUGAAACCAUGGACCGUGCCAACAAGAUUGUUACCGACGAUGACGAGAAGGCUAUGCUUAAGAUCUACAAGAUCGAAGGCACCGACCGUCGCGUCAUUGGUGUCCACGGCCGUCGCAAGUUCAAGAACACCUACGAAUACGAGUGUUCGUUCUCCCUUGGUGACAACAUUGGCAUGAAGAGUGAGAAGUGGACUCCCAUGAUGACGGCCGACAACGCCUGGAUUCCCCGUAACGAGAUCAUGGAGUCUCACUCCAAGCAGGUUGCCGAGGUUGACCAGAAGGAGGCUCUGGCCUCUGGUCAGUUCCGUCCCCUGGUCCGCAAGGAAAUCGAAGCCCACUGCGCCCAGUUCGGAAUUGAUGACGAGCUUGUUUCUCACUCCCGCAUGCGCGGUCUCUCUGGUGGUCAGCGUGUCAAGGUCGUCCUCGCCGCUUGCUCUUGGCAACGACCUCACGUGAUCGUCCUUGACGAACCCACCAACUACCUUGACCGUGACUCCCUUGGUGCUCUUUCCAAGGCUCUCAAGGCCUUCGAGGGUGGUGUCAUCAUCAUUACUCACUCCGCCGAGUUCACUGAGAACCUCACCGAGGAAGUCUGGGCUGUCUUGGACGGUAAGAUGACUCCCUCGGGUCACAACUGGGUCCAGGGUCAAGGAGGCGGUCCUAGACUUGAGAAGAAGGACGAGCCCGAUGAGGUGGUUGAUGCAAUGGGCAACAAGACGAAGGUAGAAAAGAAGAAAGUACUUAGUGCUGGUGACAAAAGGAAACAGCGGAAAGAAAGAUUGGCGAAGAAGAAGAGAGGAGAGGAUGUUGAUGAUGAGGACAUUUGA